CACAAAAUUAUGUAUUUUUAAUGCUGACACCGGGUGCUGUGUAUCCGGAAAUCAACAAUGAUUUUGAAUGAGAAUAUCGUGUUAUAUCGAUAAUUUUGUAGAAAGAAAAUCACAAUAAUGGGGAACUGCCUGGAGUCUUGCUUCGGUUCAGUUCGAAAAAACAAGACGAGUUACUUCACGGGAAGAUAUAAAGAAUACAAUGUUGGGAUUGAGUUUGAAAGUUUAAUCGAAGACGACUUGGCCCAGCAAGCUGAGACCAACAUGGUAACAGAUCGUGAAAGAGAUCAUCUCCUGAAUAAGAGAUACAGCGAUCUCAUCAAAGACCAGAAGAGAAGGGAUGCUGAAAUUGAAGCUGAGCUUAAAAGGCAGGAAGAUAAUGUUCGGUUAGAAGAAGAAGCCUACAAUAUAGCGAAACGAGAAUCUGCGAGAGCCGCCCGCCAAACGAGGGCUCUAGAGCAGCAGAGAAGUAAACCCAUAGCCAAUGGCACGGCCAAAUCAUCUUGGCUUGGGGACAAUGAGACUGAAUGGAAUGUAGCAGGAGGUGAGGAUGAUUUUGAAAUGUUCCUUGAGUCGGUGAAGGCACGGUCUCAGACAGUCAGGGCUAAUGCUGGUUUGGCAGCCAUUUCAUACCCAACUACGCAGAGCUCCAGUGUUGACGAUCGCCUUCCUCUUCCAACCAAAAAGACUCCAAACAGUAACUCCGAAGGAUUAGUCAGUGUUCAGGACGCACCUAGUGAGCAGGUGGAAUCAGACUCAGACUGGGUCCCAGACUUUGUCGGUGCAUCAUUGGAAGGCGUAUCAUCGACGCCAGACUUACAGACUAGUCAUGUGACGGAAGCGUCUCAGGCACUGAAUUUUUCUCAGCCGUCCCCGUUAACGAAUCUGACCGACGUUGAGGCUCAGAUGCAUUAUGGGGAAACUGUAACUCAUGAAACUACAGAGACUAUUGGCGAGAUCGAGGAGACAAAAAGUCACAUGACACAACUGAUCAAUGUGCAAUCUGUUAAUGAACCUAAUAAGUUAAAUGGCAUCGUACUGACAAACAACGAAGUUGACAAGCAACUUCCUUCACAGCCUGUCAACAACAUAUCCGAGACAAAGUCGUCAAAAUUAAAUGGCGUUGCAUCUACAAAAACCCAAGAUGAUAAGCAAAUUCCUUCACAUGCUGUCAACAACAACAUAUCAGUUGCAAAGUCAUCGGAAAACAGAACAGAGGAAUCGACAGAAAUGAACAAAUCAGCUGCUGCUGAAAUUGAAGAUGAAGAUCCUUUUGACUUUGACAAGUUCUUGGAAGAUUUGGAUCUGGAAUGAUGAGAUUCUUUCAUUUUAAAGGCAAAGUGUUUGGUUUUUUGAGCUGUUCAUUUUGAGCUGUUCAAUUGAUUUAAGCCGAUGUGAAUGAUUACAUUUGUACUGUGGAAAUUUCAUAUCAAAAGGUGGUAGGGUUUUUGGGAUAUCACAGAAAAUCUUAGGCGGUUAUUUUUAAGUAGGAAGAAUAAUCUUAGAUACACAAUCUAAGAAAUGUUCUGAACAGUUGUUUUAUCCUUCUCUUCAAAAUCACAUUCCUUAGAAGAGAAUUGUUUCUCAAAAAUGUAUACAUGAUCAACAGCUGCAGUGCUUCUUAAAGGUAUGUUACAGAAUUGGUAAG